AUGAAGAAUAAAAUGUCCGCUCCCAACGCUGGCCGCCAGUCCCCCGAGCCGGAGAAGCAGACCGGUGCUCAGCAGCAAGACGUUCCCGCCUCCAACAUCAACGAUCAAGGCGCGGCUCCCUCGCAGGGCACCAAGCAAGCGAACGAGGACCAGAAGGCCGGACUCAGCUCAAACCCGACGCACCCGCUGGAGAAGCACGCUGACGAGACGACGAGCAAGAAAUGA